GAUAAUGCAUGCUUUGUUUUUCUGCCUUCUCUUUUUCUUGUUGUAACAAUAGUUGGGGAGCUUUGAGAAGAAAUGAAAAGGCUUAUUUAAAAAUGCAGCAGAAGUGAAGUGAGGGGAUGACAGCCAGGUGACGAAGGCAGUGAAAACAGCAAAGGGUCAUGGGAUGCGGCAUGGGAAAAUCAAGACUUCAGCAGAAGAAAUGCGACAGAGUGAGCAUCUCAGUCCCAGCGAUAAGAGCAGCUCUGUUGAUCCAGCGCUGGUAUCGGCUGUAUGUUGCUCGGCUAGAGAUGAGACGCAGGUGCACGUGGAACAUCUUUCAGUCUAUCGAAUAUGCAGGUGAACAAGAUCAAAUAAAGCUCUACAGUUUCUUUGGCUUCUUGAUGGACCACUUUACCCCAGCCAGCAGUGAAAGAAACCUCAUAUCUCACAUCUUCCGAGAGAAUGACAUGUGCCAUGACACAGAAUGGGAAAGAUAUUUUUGCUACAAGAGCAUUGAGGUACCGGACAGCUACACUGGCCCCCAUCUCACCUUCCCAAUGACGUUCUGUGGGGUGUCAAAGCUUGUGGAGGCUUUUAAGCACAAACAACAGCUCCAUGCUCGAUAUGUUCUGCAGAUUCUUGGAGAGACUUGGAGACUUCUACGAAUUCUUCCAAACAUCAAUCAUGUAUCUGUCUGUCAAACCAAAGAGGUUACUAUAUGCGGAGACCUCCACGGACAGCUUGAAGAUCUUUUGUUGAUAUUUUAUAAGAAUGGUUUACCAUCGUCUGAGAAACCGUACAUCUUCAAUGGGGACUUUGUGGAUCGUGGUAAGAACUCUUUAGAGAUUCUGCUCAUCCUGUUUGGAUUCCUCCUCGUUUACCCCAAUGAUGUGCAUCUGAACAGAGGGAACCACGAGGACCACAUUGUUAAUCUGAGGUAUGGCUUCACUAAAGAAGUCUUGGGGAAAUACAGGGUGCAUGGUAAGAAAAUCCUAAAGCUUCUCCAAAAGAUCUUCAGCUGGCUGCCGGUGGCCACAGUGAUUAAUCACAAAGUGCUGGUUGUGCAUGGAGGGAUAUCUGACACAACAGACCUCAAUAUAGUUGCCAGAGUGGACAGGCACAGAUAUGUAUCAGUCCUAAGGCCACCAAAGAUGGUCCGUCAAGCACUUUAUGGGAACAAGACAAUAAACUGCAGAAAUGGAGAUGCUGGCAAACCAGUAGAAGGCCGGCAACGACGAGUGCGCUCUUUGACCGACCACAACUCUGCCUCCGUUCAGAGGAACAACCUCCCACGCCGCUCGCUUCACAACCUGUCCAUCAGCAAUCAGCUGAACUGGUCGGUGGAGGAUGAGCUGAAGAAGAGGCGCAGGCUGGCCGGGUUUGACCAGUCCUACAGAAAAGUGAAGACGUCAGACUCUGACUCCGACCCAGAGUUUGGAGAAGAGACAGAAACAGACGAAAAUGAAUGGAAACAAAUUGUGGACCUAUUGUGGAGUGACCCUAUGCCCCAAAAUGGCUGCAAUCCCAAUGAAGUGCGAGGAGGAGGCUGUUACUGGGGACCAGAUGUCACUGAGGAGGUGCUGGGAAGACACAACCUCCAGCUCCUCAUCCGCUCCCAUGAGUGCAAACAGGACGGCUACGAGUUCGGCCACAAUCGCAGGGUGCUGACAAUAUUUUCUGCCUCUAACUACUAUGAGGUGGGCAGCAAUAGAGGAGCCUAUAUCAGAAUGGGCUCUGAUCUGGUCCCGCACUUCAUUCAGUACCAGGCCAGCGAGACAUGCAGAGAGCUCACCCUGAGACAAAGUGUUGGAUGGACAGAGAGGUCAGCCCUCCGAGCUCUGAGGGAGCAGCUGUUUGUGCACAAGUCAGAUCUCAUCAGUGCCUUUCAGGGGUUUGAUCCCAACAACACAGGGUUGAUUUCUCUGAGGCACUGGGCCAGUGCCUUGGAGAGUGUACUAAAGCUGGGUUUGCCCUGGAGGGUUCUGCGCUCUCAGCUCGUCAGCAGGACCCAGCAUGGCAUGGUGAACUAUCAGCAAUGGAUCAGGGAGCUCUCAAUCACUGAGCCCAAACUAGAGGUGUCAGACAUGAGUAUUCUGGAGACUAUGUAUAAAAACCACUCCAACCUGGAAACCAUCUUCCGCAUCAUAGACACAGAUCAUUCAGGAUUGAUCUCUUUUGAGGAGUUUCAUCAGACUUGGAAACUCCUGAGCUCUCAUCUCAAGGUGGAAAUUAGUGACAAAGCUAUCGCAGACCUGGCUCAGAGCAUCGACUUCAACAAGGACGGCAGCAUAGAUAUCAACGAGUUCAUGGAGGCCUUCCGACUGGUGGACCUCUCCACACACACCUGAUAGCCUGGAAGAGGAGCUGUUGCUACAGCAGUUUAGUUGAUCCCGAAUACCUGCUGCACAGACUACCAGGCACAAUCUUGUUCAGCUGGAGAUGUUUCUAUUGGUCUGAAUGGUUAGAAAUACUUGACCAUGUCACAUGGGUAGUGCAUUAUCACUUCCACAGAUGCAACAUAGACGUUUUCUACCUCCUAAAGCUUGUUUUUGGGCUGUUUUCUACCAUCUAUAUUUUUUUGUAUAUGUAAGUUUUCAACUUAAUGCUCAUGUUUAGUUGGUGAAUAAACAUCUCUUGUAGUCUUAACGACUGCACAGGGGAAUUCUAUGAAGUUUGUUAUAAAGUUUUGCAGUAUGUGCAGAGACUUGUUGCUCCAGAAGGAACUGCACAAACUCGAUUUUAAUUUGAUUUUUUUCAUGUCAGCUUAAUAAAUGCAGUA